ACGCUCGAUCGCGGCAGUGCGGGUAUACAGUCGGUCUGCGCACGCGCACCUCAGACGCAAGAUGUCCUUAGCGGAAGGCGCCUCUGACACAGAACAUAGACAGGAAGACUCCAAGAAAUCCGACAAGCCACGCGGUUCGAUGUCAGACCCAUACAUGUGGAAAGAGCAGAUCCAUACGUUGAUGAAGGGCGGAGAUAGCGAGUCCGACAUAUCGGAUUCCGAGCACUUCCUCACCAAAGGAGCCUUCCUUCUCACCCCCUCUCAUGGCCUUAGUAUGGAGAAGGCUUCCGCAAUCUGCGAGAAAAUGGAAUUCAAAGGUUGCUUUUCGCUAACAAAAACCGCUACAGGUAUAUUGUUUAAAUUCUCCAGCGUCGAUGACUACCAGAUGGUGUUCAAGAAGGGCUUCCAUAAGGUUACUGGAUCCAGAUUUUAUAGAAAGAUAGCGAUACCCUGCCGUCCUCAGAAGACGUUCACGAUUUACGUGUAUGAUAUACCCGAUGAGGUGCCAGAGGAAGACGUGCGUCAUGCUCUGUUCAAGUUCACUUCCGUCGUGGAGGUGGUGCGUCUGCAUUUCACUGGAUCACCACGUGAAGGUAACACUGGUUCUUCAACCCCAAAACCUUUGGAGAAAACGCCAUCUCGUGCUAUAACCAGUAUCGACGGAGAGUUGGUGAGCAGCAUGGUACCGAAGGAAGCUUCCAGUGUGAUGAGGAUCACGCUCGCCAAUAUCGAGGAAGCUAACAUCCUACUUCAAAAUGGUCUAGACUUCUACGGAGCUACGUAUUUCCCGACUGAGUUGGCGACACCGGCACAGGCAGCUAAACUCGUCAAGCCUAGCCGGGGCUAUAUUUCCAGGGUUACGGGUGGUACUGUAUCUGCCAGAGUCCGGGAUUUGUUGCCAGUUUUUGAUCAGCAGGGGUUCGCCAAGUUUGCUCCACCGGCUUCCAGACUUGUAAAGCCACGAUCCAAGUGAAUUAAACAAAACAGUUACCAAGAUUCCAAGAUAUAGAAGCCUUUUUGCUAACAGUAGGCCCAAAACUAAGUAUCCAACGUGAUUCAUUGGUUGCCAUAUUAAUUACUAAGUUAAACUAAUACUGACGAACGACUUUCUUCUAAUAAUAAAAUUGUCAAAUUUAUAAAUAAGUAUGUUUUCAUUUAUUAAUUUUUAAUUGUAUUCCAUGUAAUUUAUUAAUAUCGGUUAAUUUGUAAUUAGUAAUUUUCACAUCAACAAGAUAUAACUUGAUGAAUUUCAACAUCCUAAUAAAGAUUAAUGAAAGACGAAAAUAAAAUCUCAAUAUGUAUAUCUUCUGCUAUUUCGAUUUAUGUCAUUAAUACUAUAUAAUAUUUAUUUUUAUUUGUUUUUAAUCUAAUAAAUAUAUUCUGUUUUU